GCAUUUCCAUCUAAUCUUUCCAUGCCAGGCUUCACAAGCUGCUGUCUACCAUGUUUAACCUAUGGAAAGACUCGGGCCAGAGCACAAGACCCCAGUCUUCGAGACUUUAGCUACGUGAACGGCCCUUGUGCGAUUUGGACUUUCUUGAGUCUAGCUGCCUCGCAAUGGAUUAUGCAAACAAUCACCCGAGGCGAGAUGCGUCAGCAACAUGGUAUCGAAGGUAGUUGUUGCGGCGAUUGCUGUGUGUCGUUCUGGUGUGGUUGCUGUGCUCUGGUUCAGGAGGAGAAAGAAAUGGAAUUGCGUACACGGCCUGAGCUUCUUGGGUACCAGGCACCACCCGGAAUGUCUAUGUCAUGA